CGAUUGGCAGGAAAACCAUCGAUGCGUCCGUGGGACCAUCGAUCAUCGAUGUUUCUCCCUUCACUUUCGUUUCCGGCGAGACAUUUUACAACAUGGACAAUUCUGCCAAGAACCGCUAUGAGCUGUUGUUCAUGGACGACGAUGACUCCUCCGCGCCUGCCCAGCCACAGAUUCCCGCCGUAGUGGCGCCUGCCAAGAAACCAGAGCCCCAAGCCCCCAAGGCCCCCAAGAGCAAGCCGGAGAAGGAGAACAAGCCGGUGGUGUCGGCCCGCAAGGCCAACGCUACCAAUCCGGCGGCAAAGAACGCGAGUCCGGUGAAGGGUGGUGGCAAGCUGGUGCCGUCUGGCGGGGUGGGUCGUACCAGGAACCCCACAACCAAUGGAGGCAACAACCAGGGCCGCUUCAAUAACAACAACAGCAACAACAACCAGCGAUACGGAAACAAGGAAUCAACCGGGGAGUUCGGAAACGAGCUGCCCCAGCGUCAGUUCAGCAAUCGUGAUAACAGGGGACCACCACGCGCCCGUGCCGGCGAGAAGUUCGGAAAGCGCGAGUUCGAUCGCCAGUCGGGAUCCGAUAAAACCGGCGUCAAGUCAAUUGACAAACGCGAAGGCGGCGGUGCCCACAACUGGGGGUCCCCGAAGCAGGACAUCGAGGACCUGAAGACCACCGGCGAGUCGUCUCCGCAGGCGGACAAAGAGGACUCUGCCAACGAGCAGUCGGCUGAUCCCGCGAUCGCCGCUGAGGAAGAUGAGUCCAAGCAGAUGACCCUUGACGAGUGGAAGGCCCUGCGGGAUCAGCGUGCCAAGCCCAACUAUAACUUGCGCAAGGCUGGUGAGGGAGCUGUUGACAACGCGGAAUGGAAGAAGAUGGUGGUGUUGAGCAAGAAGAAGGAGAGCAAUAGCGAGGACGAGCUGGAGUACGAUCCCUCGCUGUAUCCCCAGAGAGUGGGUCGUCUUCAGCGCAUCGUGGACAUCCAGUUCAAUUUUAAUGAUGGACGCAAGGGCGGCUUCCGAAAGGGACCCCGUCCAGGAGCCGGUCCCCGUGGUGAAGGAUUCCGCGGUGAGGGCGGGUUCCGCAACGAUGGACCUCGUGGAGAGGGUGGCUAUCGCAACGAUGGACCUCGUGGAGAGGGUGGCUAUCGCAACGAUGGACCUCGCGGAGAGGGAACCCGCAACGAAGGACCUCGCGGAGAAGGUGGCUACCGCAACGACGGACCUCGUGCAGAGGGUGGCUACCGCAACGAGGGACCUCGUGGGGAGGGUGGCUUCCGCAACGACGGUCCUCGCGGAGAGGGUUUCCGUGGACCGCGCUUUAACAACGGACCCAGCAACGGUUUUGAAAACAGACAGGAAAACAACAGAUUCGGGGAGAAACGCCGCUCCGCUCAGAAGCCCCUGAAGGUCGACGAUGAAGUUCAAUUCCCCACUCUGUGCUAGGAACUGAAUACAACAACAACAAUAAGGUUUAACAAUUUCACGUAUUACAUAAUUAGUAAGCUGCUCCUUUGGUUAACGAAUAACCAUUAGAUUUUCGGGCGUAAUCUAUGAAGCUUGACGACCGAUUAACAGAAACAAAUCAGCCACGCUUAUUCAUAUUCCUUAGUUGUAAACAAAAAUUUUUGAAUUUUUUCACUCUCAUCAUUUACGCAUUUAAAAUAACUAUUACAAAUAGUUGGAAUGUUGAAAUAAAUUACUUCAUUUAUAAACCAAGGAAAAA